GGCCCCGCUUAUCAUUAUUCUACCUCCACUCCACCUUUCCUCUUCCUCCUCCGUGACUCCACUCCACCUGGUGGGCGCCGCCUCUUCCUCAUCCCUGGGUGGGCGCCGCCCCCUCCCCUGCUUCUUCGCGGCCGUGGGCGCGGGAGCCGCGAGCCCUUCCGACUCGGGCUGGCGGGACCGCAGACGCCUUCUUGGGCGGGGCCGGCGAGCUCCGCGAGCGGGAGGGGCGAGCUCCUUCGCCGCGCCCUCGUGGGACUGCGGGCGCCGCCUUGGGUGGGGCCGGCGAGCUCCGCGGGCGGGAGCAGCGAGCUCUUCCGCCGCGGGCGGGCGAGCGGAAGGGCCUCUGCUUGAGGACAAAUUUCAAGGGAGAACGAGGAAAAGAUUUCGAGAGGGGACAAAUUUCCGGCGAUGUCGGCGGCACCGGCGGCUAGCGCGUGGUCGCGGCCAUCUGCAACCGUGGGGCUCCGGGAGACGGCCUUCUUCCCCGGCAGCGGCAGCUUCGCCGCUACGCGACUCUGCAUCGGACGACGUUAUCCGGACAGAACCUUUGCAGGGAUUCAAAUAGCAGAUUCCAAUUCGAGAAGAUGCAAAAUUGUCCAUGUUAAAAGCGGGGAGUCUGAUGGAUAUUCAAAAACUGAGGAUAUGUUGGUCGAUGAAGAAACUCUUCAGUCUAAUUUGGACAGAGCCAUCGAGGAAGAAGAUUAUGCCCGUGCUGCAAAGAUCCGGGAUGAUCUACGUAUCCUCCAUGAGGAUGCUAAAGCUUCGCUCCUCGCAGCCAAUGCACGGUUCUACAAUGCCUUCAAGAAUGGAGAUAUUGCUGCGAUGUACUCUAUCUGGGCUAAGGGUGAUCAUGUGUAUGUAAUACACCCUGCUGCAGGUCGGAUAUCUGGUUAUGAUGUGGUCAUGCAAAGCUGGGAGAUGGUUUGCAAUGCAGAUUAUGAGUUCCCACUGAGUAUUGAUCUCAGGAACAUAGAGGUUUACAUCCGUGGCAACCUCGGUUACGUCACAUGCUUGGAGGUGGUGAAGAACAAAGGAAGAACUUGGGGAAAGCAAGUCGCCACCAAUGUCUUUGAGAAAGUUGAUGGCACAUGGCUGAUAUCUGUUCACCAUGCUUCACACAUUGAAGAAUGAAAUGCGCUGACACACUUGGUGACCAGGGAUGAAAAUUUUGACAGAGACCAUGUACAAUUUUGAGAAUUUUAUAGCUUCUGUGUACUUAAUGGACUAUUAUGAAUUUUGCAUCUAUAUUCCAUAGGAGGCUUCAGUUUUUAAGUGAAUUUUGCAGUCAAUUUUUUAUUUUCAGAGUUACAGGCAUAUAUUGUCAGAUGGACCAUGUAUGAGUUGAACGGUAGUUUUACAAUUAUCUGAUGGCAGUGGCUAUGAACUUGGCUUACAAGAAACACAGUCCAUAUCCAAGUUACUUCAUUGUAACCAAUCUUCUAUACUUCUUGUGGUAUUUAUCAUGGAACUGUAGUGUUA